AUGGGCUCAGGAGGUGGUGAGGAAGAGAGCAGAGGUGUUGCUGGAAGUGCCUGCGGGACCGGUGGAGCAGUGGGGCGUGGCAGGGGGGACGGCGAGACAGCGGCCCGAGACGACCUGCUGGUUCAGCCCAACAUCACUGUGUCCUCCUCCAUGGAUGGGGUCUCCAAGGCCCAGCAGCAGGGGUUUCAGGUGUCCAGGGGCUCCACCUUCACCAUCAGCUGCUCCAUCCAGCCACAGUACCCAGGAGGCUCCUUCCAGCUCGCCUUCACCUCCUCCAACACAUCACACAACUACACCCAGCCAGCUGUCAAUCACUCUGCCCACUUCCUGUUUCCUGCUGCAGAGCCCGCCCACCAAGGAAGCUACAGCUGUGUUUAUCACCUCCAUGUUUUUUCUCAUAACUUCUCCUCUGAGAGCCGUCGGCUGUCUCUCACUGUCUCAGAUCCAACAGGUCUUCUCAUCAAAGUGGUCGUCCUGCCGCUGACUCUGCUGUUGGUGAUCGCUGCCCUUUGUUUCUACUAUAAGGCCAGCAGGGGGCAGAAGCCGGGCAGGCAGGAGGACAUUGAGCUGGAUUAUUAUAACGUGGGUGUUUCUGCAGCUGAAGGAGGGUCGACUGAAGAGGAAGGAGCUCAGGGAGCAGAGUAGGACCUCCAAGGAGCUCAUCUCAGCUGCCUCACAACCCCCCAUCAGCUCAGUCAAGGAUUUUACACUUUUGUACUGAUGUUCCCUUUAAACAAUACGGCUGGAGUUAUUAGAUUACAUUAUAAACUCUGUUUUUAUUACUCUCAACAUGAACAGAGCAAAACCAACAACUUGCCAGUCUUUUCAGACUUCCUGUCUUUGGCUCUCAGCUCCAAGGCCAUUGGUUCCUACUGAAGACGUUAAUUUUUAAAAAGUCCUCACAAAUACUGUUAAAAGAAAUUUACUCAUACCCAUGCCAA